AUGGCCAUGGACGCCAAAGAGAUCGAACUGCGCGGCAAGGCGAUUGGCAAGGCCGUCGCGGAGAACGAACCCAGUGCCAACAUCCUCAACCUACUCAACGGCCUCAAGACUGGUGUCGACGCGACCGAGGAUUUACUGCGCUCAACACGGAUCGGUGUCACUAUCAACCGCCUGCGAACCCACAAAGACCCGGCCGUGCAAAGGCUAGCUACCGAGCUGGUAUCAAAAUGGAGGGAUCAAGUCAAGAAGCAACCCAAGAAGGGCACCCCCGCAAAGACGGCAGCCAACAGCGGCGCAUCCGCAUCUCCGGCUCCUCCACCAUCAGGCACCGCAUCGCCUGCUCCCGCAGCGGCUAAGAAGAAGCACGAUGUGCCCGCAGACAAGCGCAACCACAGGACCGACAAGGUCAAGUACCAAGUCACUGGCAACGACUCACGAGACGCCUGUGUAAAGCUCAUGUACGACGGUCUGGCGUUUAUGAGUGAAGCCAUGCCCGAUGAGAUCCUCGUCAUAGCCAAGCAAGUCGAAGCAGCUGCCUACACCAACGCCGGCUCCAUCAACGACGCCUACAAGGCCAAGAUGCGCUCCCUCUUCCAAAACCUAAAGAACAAGACCAACCCCCAACUCCGCAAGCGCGUCUUCAGCGGCGACAUCUCGGCCAAGCGCUUCGUCGUCAUGACGCACGAUGAAAUGAAGUCGGACGAGCGCCGCGCAGAAGACAAGAUUCUCGAGCAGGAAAAUAUCAACCAGGCCAUGGUCGCCCAGGUGGAAAAGGCAAUCUCAAAGGAAUUUCAGUGCGGCAAGUGCAAGCAGAAGAUGGUCUCGUACAGCCAGGCGCAGACGAGGAGUGCCGAUGAGCCGAUGACGACGUUUUGCGAGUGCAUGAAUUGCGGGAAUCGGUGGAAGUUUUCAUGA